AUGCAAGAUUACGGCAACCUAGUGAAUUCCUUUAAUGACUAUCUGCUUUACGAUGAAAGGAAAGGAAGGAUUCUGCACACUCGCUAUCUCAACAAGGCUCAAUUUAUGGAAAUGUGGAGAUUCCACUUCAAUAGGCUUAGACCUGAUCUGAGCAAUUCCCAGCAUCAACAAAUGCUCACUUCGUUGAAGGCUAGCAGAUAUAUUCAAGGGUAUUUGAGGAGUGCUAAUAUUCGCGAGUUAGGAAGAUGCUACAAUAUGAGCAUUGCAAACUUCCCUGAUGAAAGAGCUCAAGAAAUCUACUUAAACCAACUUAACUAUGUGUCCCCUGCUGCUGGGCAGCCUGUAGGAUUCAAGAUGACAAGCUGGGAAGAUGCGACCAGAAAUGCGAUUUAUGUGAAAAGAGUGCUUGGGAAGAUUGCUAGCUUUGGACUACAUUACCCGUAUUUCGCCUUGGAAUAUACGCAGGAGCAAAAGGCUCAGCUUGAAGAGCAGACCUAUCAGUACUUCAAAACUCUUCUAACUAGUUAA